CGCUAUUCUCUGAAUCCACCGCCAUCUUUUUUUUGUUUUUGUUGCUGGUAAAGGUAUAGCAUAUACAUCAACCCUGUGCAAGACUGACGGCAGCAGUGUGUCCAUCAUAGAGGACUUGGGAGGUUACCGGUGCAUCAACACAGCCGCCCACGAACUGGCACACAGGUGAAGUAAAUAGAAUAAGUUGUGUAGUCCAUCCAUGGGGUUGAGUUGGGUCACAUAAGAAGUUGUAGUCUAUCCAUGGGAUUGAGUGGGACAUAGCAGAAGUAGUAGUAUAUCCUUUGGACUGAGUGAGCCGAAGAAAUAGUAGUAGUCUAUCCUUUGGACUGGGUGGAUCACAGAAGUCGUAGUUAUCUAUCCAUUGGUUGAGUUAGCCACAGAAGUAGUAGUAGUCUAUCCAUGGGAAUUAUAGACGUGUAGUGUUAUAUAUUAAUUUCAUAGCAUAGUUUUUUUUUGUAUGGUUAGAUUAGUUAUCAUGACUGUGUACUUACUGGUUAAGAUUAGUUAUCAUGACUAUGUACUUACUGGUUAGAUUAGUUAUCAUGACUGUGUACUUACUGGUUAGAUUAGUUAUCAUGACUGUGUACUUAGUGGUUAGAUUAGUUAUCAUGACUGUUUACUUAUUGGUUAGAUUAGAUAUCAUGACUGUGUACAUAUUGACCUUAUUAUUGCUGGAGUAUUUCGUGAUUGUUUUAAUCAGGAAAUGUGUUGGCUGUUUUAGAAUACGUGCAAUUCUUUAUAAGAGAUUGACAUCAUCUCCAUGGCAUCAUAGAAUCCCACCGUUGAUGAAUUCAUUUUUGUACCAAUGUGUCGUAUUUUAUUUAUUAUUUUAAAAUAAACAAAAUUACUGUAAUAUGUGUGGUGUUAAAAUAUAAAAUAAUUUUUUUUUUUAAUGGCGGGGUAACUCGAGUAUCGAGUACAUUUUAGAUGUAGUAACAUUGAAUGACGGUAAAGUUUAAGCGUCCCUCUCAGCGCUGCAUGGAAAGAAUACAUUGCGCCGUAUUAACUAUAGUAUAAGUGACAUAAUCAUUUUUACCUGUUUAAUGACGAUUUUUCUUGUGUUUAUUCUCAAGUGCCACACCCCUCUCCCCAUCUUUUUUUCUUCUCCCAAGGCUCGCAACCUCACAUUUGGUCCCCCCCCCCAGAACUAUAUUAACAUUCUAAUAACCCACCCAACCCCAAAAGCCAAGGCUCGCAACCUCACAUUUGGUCCCCCCCCAGAACAGUAUAAGUGACAUAAUCAUUUUUACCUGUUUAAUGACGAUUUUUCUUGUGUUUAUUCCCCAGUGCCACACCCCUCUCCCCCUCUUUUUUUCCUCUCCCCACACCAACCAAGCACUCUCCCCCCCCCCAGACAACCCACCCCCCACACAACCUACCUCCCCCCACAACCCCCACCACACACACACUCACCGUGAACCCGAACAUUUCAGCCUGUCCGCCCAGCACGAUAGUGAAGGCAAUUCAUGUAGCUUCUCCCAACAGUACAUCAUGGCGGCCUCCAACGCACAGCUGACGCCCACCACACAGUACAACCCUUGGCAGUUCUCAAGCUGCAGUGUUGGGUAUUUCACAUCCUACAUUCAAACGCUGAUGCUCACUUCGUAAGUUCAAUUUUUUUUUUCAUUUUGUUGUUGUUUUUAACUAUUUGAGCUGACCAUGUUUUCACCGGUCAGAAUAUAAAGCAAAGCCAGUCUUUCUAUCAAGUUUUCAAUAACUUCAUCUGAUCAAUGUCUAUAUGUUUUGGUUUCUUUAACUACAAUAAAAAAUCUUGUAUCUUUGAUUAGCGAAAUAGCUGUACGAUUGUACUUAGCUUGGUCUCAACAAGGCAUAACUUGGUCUCAACAAGGCAUAACUUGGUCUCAACAAGGUAUAACUUGGUCUCAACGAGGCACACCUUGGUCUCAACGAGGCACUACUUGGUCUCAACGUGGCACAACUUGGUCUCAACGAGGCACAACUUGGUCUCAACGAGGCAUAACUUGGUCUCAACGAGGCAUAACUUGGUCUCAACAAGGCAUAACUUGGUCUCAACAAGGCAUAACUUGGUCUCAACAAGCCACACCUUGGUCUCAACGAGGCACACCUUUGUCUCAACGUGGCACAACUUGGUCUCAACGAGGCACACCUUGGUCUCAAGGAGGCACACCUUGGUCUCAACGAGGCAAAACUUGGUCUCAAGGAGGCACACCUUGGUCUCAACGAGGCAUAACUUGGUCUCAACGAGACACAACUUGGUCUCAACGAGACACAAUUUGGUCUCAACGAGACACAACUUGGUCUCACUGAGACCUAGAAAUUAGUUAGCUCUUCCGUUUAUCGAUCAUUUAAAAGUAUUAGUUCAAUUUCUCAAUGGACGCGCCGAAGAUGGCGACAUUUCAGUCAACAGAUGCCGUUCAAUAGAUGCGCAGCCAUUUUCCACAGAGUAAUUCCACACUCUUCAUCUGACAUGUGCUUCCAUUGCUUUUCUCUUGCUAAAACAAGUUCAAACAACCGCGGUAUGGGUCAGUGCGUUUGCUUAUAAAACAUUACAGAGUUAUGCGCAGUAUCAUGUUGCCGCGGAUAUUUUUGGCAACUUAAUUCUUGUCUAAAGUCGCAGCAGCCAUCGUAGCAGAGGUCAUAGCAGUCGUCGUAGCAGAGGUCAUAGCAGCCGUCGCAGCAGCCGUCGUAGAGAAUGUUAAGGCCUCGCUCAACCUGUUAGUCAUAUCUGCUACAUCUUCUCAUCUCUUUGGUGUAAUUUUCCUUCCAUUUCGACGGGCGCUCUCUUCGGAUCUGUUUUGUUGUGUUUCAGAAUCAUAUAAAGUUGUAAACUGUGCAUUAAAAAACUUUCUUUGUGUUUAACGAAACAAUUGGGGUCGUGCAUAUAGCGUAAAUUAAAUGAUUGAAAAAAUGUCUGCAAUUUUUAAAAAAGGAGUUUUUUGGUAUUUUUCUAUUUCUCUUUGUUUGAGUCCAAAUUCACUUAAUUUUUUUUUUAUUACACAUUGCCAAUUGUAUAGAUAUUUGUACGUUUUUAGACGGGGACAGACGUGUCUGACAGGUCGUCUGCCCAUUGACAACAGCAUCCCUGAUGUCAGCGGUCGUUUGCUAGGACAACAGUACUCGCCCGAUCAACAAUGUCAGCUGAUCUAUGGGAGCCGAUCUUAUUAUUGCAGGGUGAGUUCUCCCAAAAACUGGUACUGUCGGUCAAACGGUUGAAGUCAGGGUGAGUUCUACUCUGGGUUAAAUGGAUGAAGUAAGAGUGAUUCUACUGUGGGUUAAAUGGAUGAAGUAAGGGUGAGUUCUACUGUGGGUUAAAUGGAUGAAGUAAGGGUGAGUUCUACUGUGGGUUACAUGGAUGAAGUAAGGGUGAGUUCUACUGUGGGUUACAUGGCUGAAGUAAGGGUGAGUUCUACUGUCGGUCAAACGGUUGAAGUCAGGGUGAGCUCUGCUGUCGGUGAGUUCUGUAACAAACGUCUAUGGUUUUGUUUUCCCUUUUAAAUAACAUUAACUACGCACAAUUGAACCAUCGGCUUUGAAAGUAGGGAGCCAAAGAUUGACUACGUACAAUUCAACAAUCGGCUUUGAAGGUAGGGAGCCAAAGAUUGACUACGUACAAUUCAACAAUCGGCUUUGAAAGUAGGGAGCCAAAGAUUGACUACGUACAAUUCAACAAUCGGCUUUGAAGGUAGGGAGCCAAAUAUUGACUACGUACAAUUCAACAAUCGGCUUUGAAAGUAGGGAGCCAAAGAUUGACUACGCACAAUUCAACAAUCGGCUUUGAAGGAAGGGAGCCAAAUAUUGACUACGUACAAUUCAACAAUCGGCUUUGAAAGUAGGGAGCCAAAGAUUGACUACGCACAAUUCAACAAUCGGCUUUGAAGGAAGGGAGCCAAAGAUUGACUACGUACAAUUCAACAAUCGGCUUUGAAAGUAGGGAGCCAAAGAUUGACUACGCACAAUUCAACAAUCGGCUUUGAAGGAAGGGAGCCAAAGAUUGACUACGUACAAUUCAACAAUCGGCUUUGAAAGUAGGAGCCAAAGAUUGACUACGUACAAUUGAACCAUCGGCUUUGAAAGUAGGGAGCCAAAGAUUGACUACGUACAAUUCAACAAUCGGCUUUGAAGGUAGGGAGCCAAAUAUUGACUACGCACAAUUCAACAAUCGGCUUUGAAGGAAGGGAGCCAAAGAUUGACUACGUACAAUUCAACAAUCGGCUUUGAAAGUAGGGAGCCAAAGAUUGACUACGUACAAUUCAACAAUCGGCUUUGAAGGAAGGGAGCCAAAUAUUGACUACGCACAAUUCAACAAUCGGCUUUGAAAGAAGGGAGCCAAAGGUAAAAAACUGCCUCACAAAAUCGCGUGACGGAUUUGAUCAUACCACCUAUGCUAAACUUAACAUAUUCUAACGUUCUACCAUCUUGUGCAUUACCUGCUGGUGUGGGAAGUCCUCGCUUCUCACCAAAAAAAACCGACUAAACAGAUUUGUCAAGAUAACAAUUCUUAUAACUCCAACAAAAGUACAUUUGCGUGAAGAACUAUCGGAGGCAACUUUUAUUUGUAAAAAUAUUAUUUUUUUAAAAAGGGUUGGCGUAUGCAUCCCAUCCUCUUCAUCUCAAGAACCUAAGAUUAGCUCGAUCAGUGGGAUUUCUUUCCCUCAAAGAAGGGACCGAAAGAUACAAACAUUUAUUUGUUCACCAUUCUAUCAGAACUUACAAGCGCUCUCCGCCGGCCUUUACCAAACUUACUAAAUCUAUCUUCAAGUCAAUAUUGUCAGUAACUGAGUGAAGUUCCAUGCUAAAUGAUGGCUGACCUUUGAGCUUGAGGAAUACUUUAGAUGUCCUGGGUUAAAUUGUUCUAGUUAAAACAUUGUUUGCUUUUGUAAGAAUAUUUAUGUUUGUGCUGGAAAUGAAGAGGUACAUUGGCACAAGAACAUUUCUAUUUAUUAGGAUAAAUACAAGAAUUUUAUAUCUUUGUUAAGCCUAACAUAUCAAACCAUCCACGUUGUCUAACAUGUCAUUCAUCAUGUUAGACCUAAGUAUCAUUCAUUAUGUUAAACCUAACGUAUUAUUCAUCAUGUUAAACCUAACAUGUCAUUCAUCAUGCUAGACCUAACGUAUCUUUCAUCAUGUAAAACCUAACAUGUCAUUCAUCAUGUUAAACCAAACAUAUCAUUCAUCAUUUUAAACUUAACAUGUCAUACCGUCUUUACUGCAGGGUUUAGGAAACAAAUUUGAAACUAUCUGCACGUCGAUGUAUUGUCUUGAUCCGAAGGAUAAAGACAUGUGCUACAAGGUCUUCGCAAUGGCGGGUACCACAUGUGGCAGUGGCAAGGUAAUGGCUACCACAAGCUGGUACAAAAUGUGGCAGUGGCAAGGUAAUAGCUACCACUAACUAGUACAAAAUGCGUUACGAAAUCUCAGCACUAGCUGGUACAACAUGUGGCAGUGGUAACGUAAUAGCUACCAUUAACUAGUACAACAUGAUUGACGAAAUCUCAGCAGUGGCUGGUACAACAUGCGGCAGAGGCAAGGUAAUAGCUGCCACUAACUAGUACAACAUGAUUUACGAAAUCUCAGCACUAGCUGGUACAACAUGCGGCAGAGGCAAGGUUAUAGCUGGCACUAACUAGUACAACAUGCUAUACGAAAUCUCAGCACUAGCUGGUACAACAUGUGGCAGUGGCAAGGUAAUAGCUGCCACUAACUAGUACAACAUGCUAUAAGAAAUCUCAGCAGUAACUGGUACAACAUGUGUUACGAAAUCUCACCACUAGCUGGUACAACAUGCGGCAGUGGCAAGGUAAAUGUUUUCACUAGAUCAAGAGUUGGCGCAGUUGUUGUUUGUUUGUUUUUUUGGCCAUCAUUCCAAAUAAUCUUUGUCUAUACUAGGAUGUUACCCUUCCCCAUUUUUUGACUUAAUUAACAAAAAACAACCACACAUACAAUGUAGCACAUGUUAUCGUAGCCGUAGUAAUAUCAACAGGUACAAAGUAAACUAAAAGUUAUUCUGUAGAGAGAAUGAAAGAAAAAAAAAAGUUCUAGAAGUUAGACGAUAAAUGAGUAGUUUCCAAAGUGAGGCUGUGACUGGCAUUGUGUUACCAGGCAAUGGUGUUCUUAGACAAGGGUGUUGUCGAUAGGCAAGGCUGUUGGUAGGCAAGGGUGCUUGUGGGUAAGGGUGUUGGUGGGAAAUUGUGUUGGCGGGUAAGGGUGUCGGUAGGCAGGGCUGUUUGAUAGGUUAGGCUGUUGGAUAGGCAAGGAUAUUGGUAGGAAAGGGUGUUGGUGCAUGGGAAAGGGCUAUUGGUAUAGAAAAAGGGGAUGUGGGUAGAGCUAUAUAAAUACUGAGCCAGUUAGAGGGGCUGUUCACACCACCAAUGACCAAGCGAGCACUCUCUCGCACAGCCCACGCACAGGAGCGUACUUCACAGACACACAAACAGUUAGCACACACAUGCACAAAGUCACGGAAGAAUGAAUCACGUGAUACUGAUACGAACUUUAAAAAAAAAAUAUUUUAAAGAGAAUGACAUAUUGUUCGUUAAAAAAUUAAUUUUUUAAAUUAAAUUCAUAGCUAACAUCCUCCCCGCCCACAGGUCUGCAGGUCUGGUCAUUGCGUCGUCGACCAAAGAGCUCCAGCUGUGGACGGUAAGUCAUUGGUUUAUUUCCUCAUUGUCUUUUCUCUAUAUUAACUAUAAGCUCCUCGCUACGACCAAUCGCAGUGGACUUACUUUUCUUUUCUCUUCCGUCCCAUUCUGCCUGUAUUUAAUCUCUCGCCUACUUAUGCCCUGUCACACUCCUCUGUUUACUUAUGCUCUGUCACAAUCCUCUUGCUUAUUUAUGUCCUGUCACACUCCUCUCGCCUACUUAUGCCCUGUCACACUCCUCUUGCCUACUUAUGCUCUGUCACACUCCUCUUGCCUACUUAUGCUCUGUCACACUCCUCUUGCCUACUUAUGCUCUGUCACACUCCUCUUGCCUACUUAUGCUCUGUCACACUCCUCUUGCCUACUUAUGCUCUGUCACACUCCUCUUGCCUACUUAUGCUCUGUCACACUCCUCUUGCCUACUUAUGCUCUGUCACACUCCUCUUGCCUACUUAUGCUCUGUCACACUCCUCUUGCCUACUUAUGCUCUGUCACACUCCUCUUGCCUACUUAUGCUCUGUCACACUCCUCUUGCCUACUUAUGCUCUGUCACACUCCUCUUGCCUACUUAUGCUCUGUCACACUCCUCUUGCCUACUUAUGCUCUGUCACACUCCUCUUGCCUACUUAUGCUCUGUCACACUCCUCUUGCCUACUUAUGCUCUGUCACACUCCUCUUGCCUACUUAUGCUCUGUCACACUCCUCUUGCCUACUUAUGCUCUGUCACACUCCUCUUGCCUACUUAUGCUCUGUCACACUCCUCUUGCCUACUUAUGCUCUGUCACACUCCUCUUGCCUACUUAUGCUCUGUCACACUCCUCUUGCCUACUUAUGCUCUGUCACACUCCUCUUGCCUACUUAUGCUCUGUCAUACUCCUCUUGCCUACUUAUGCUCUGUCACACUUCUCUUGCCUACUUAUUCCCUGUCACACUUAUCUUGCCUACUUAUUCCCUGUCACACUUCUCUUGCCUACUUAUUCCCUGUCACACUUCUCUUGCCUACUUAUUCCCUGUCACACUUCUCUUGCCGUCCUCUUGGAUACUAAUCAGCUUGCAGCUAUUUUAUUUUAUUUUUACUGUUGUUUGUUCGCCGAUGAAGGCUUCUUGCCGACACUUUUGGUGUUUUGUUGCGUCCUGUUUUUUUUCCUCUUCAGGUUUUCCCAUACUUUGUCCCUUUCAUUUCCUUUUUUUUUUUGCUAACUUCAUUGCAGUCUCCCCCCCCACCACCCCCUUUUUUUUUUACCAUAAUCUAUGUAACAACGUUGCAUUUUCAGAGUAAGCAAUUGCGUCCCCUUUCAAAGCCCUCUUGCGGAGCUAAAUACAUCAAAAGUUCCUGUUAGCAAGAAAGUCAACCUUUUGAACAGCUCGGAACUUUCAGACUCUGCAAUUAUCGCCCCUCCUCGAGCCAUUUAAGUUCCGUAACUUUUUGAACGCACUUUGCCAUAUGGCAAGACAAAAUAAUGCGUUCAAGAAGAAAUGUGACGCAAAUUUAAACGUGUGAACUGAAAAAAAAUAGUCGACAAAACUUCCAUUCAGUCAAAUUUCCGUCGAUCAAUUUUCCGUCGACGAAGUUUCUUUAAAUCGACGCCAUAUUUGCCCUGCUAUUCUUAGAAGGGGCUUUUUAAAAGCAACAAUUAUGAAAUAUUUCAUCUGUGAAAACAUCCUUCACAUUUAACGGGUGUCUCCAAGAGUUGCCUCUUCCUUUGUUGAACAUUUUGAAAAUUAGAUAUUAUUUCAUCUGAAAUCCAAACUAUUCAAAUUAUGAACGGACGGUCAAUUUUGACGGAUAAUAAUAUCAGUAUUUAAAUAAAUUACAGGCCUGUUUAAUGUAUUGUUGGCCAGCAGCCCACAAAAAAAGUGAGGCAGCUUGCAAUAAAAAACAAAACGCCCAUAAAUAAUUCAAAUUUGAAAGAAAUCAAACCGACCAGUUUUUCCUAUUCAAAGAAAGAGUUUUAAAUCAUUUCAUAUAUUCAGUCUCUAGAGCCCAUCUCAUGUCUGGCAGUUCUUUUCAUUAUUUAGAGUGUGUGACUUUGGUGGUGGGGGGGGGGGGGAUUAAGCAGCCUAGGGGGAAGGUUGUGUUUAAUACUGUUCCAAAUACCGCUGAAUCAAACGGACUGCUCUCUUGAAUUCAAGGUAUGUCAGACUGCCCCCCCCCCCCACACACACACACACACGCAGUUCAUAGAAAAUUUGGGACAACAUGAUUGCCUUGACAUCUAAUGACCGACCAGGUAUGAAACAUGACGGGCGUGUCUUUCUGCUUGGCAGUUAGCAUAUCUUAAGUGGAAGGGCGACCAGGAUCAGCGCACAAGAAAGCGCGACGCCGGACGGGAAGCCACUCGCGUGUGUUGGCCGUGGUCAUGAGACAGUACGUCUUUCAUGACACCACUUCUUUCAUGACACUACUUCUGUCAAGACAUUCAUUCUUUCAUGACACAACUAUUUUCAUGACACCACUUAUUUCAUGACACCACUUAUUUCAUGACAACAAUUUUUUAAUAACACCGAUGGGCUCAUGACACCCCUCUGUUAAUGCCCAGCAUGUUAUGUGACCCCAUUUUGUACAUUCUACUAUUCCACCUGUCAAAUGUCGACGUGAUCUAUCGAAAUGAAAACUUGAGAAUGUUGAGGGUUUUCCGGGUUUAAAUUUGUGCCGAACGCUAAUGGCCCCCCGCUUGACCUCCACAGAGAUCUGCAUUCACGGAGAACAGUCUGGGGUCAUCUACCAGAACAUGGCGUGUCCAGCGCUUAUCAGGAGCUCUCCU